AAUGACAGUUGAUGUUGUCCGGUAAAAAAACAAAAACAAAAACUGUUCAAAAACCGUUUGGCGUUCAACGAAUUUGUUUGUUUGUGCAUUUUUCAUACUAUUUCGUUGGAUUUCUAAUAAUUUCACAGCUUUAGAAGUCUGUUGUAUAAGUUGACGACAUGGCCGAAUCACUAUUUGAUAUUUUUGGUGACCACCUUACCAGACAAGCAGUGAAAAAUGUUUCGCGCCAACCUCUAUCAAAUAUUGAAAAUAUGGGCAAAACCGUGUCUGCUGGACCGGUGAAGCCUAAUGAGCCUGUGAAGAAGUCUGAAGGGCCAAAGAAAUCCUUUCUUUCCAACACGGGGAAGGCGUUGAAAAACACUCCUGUGAGGAAUGUGUUCACUCCCAGAGCAGUCAAUGUUGGCUCCAUGAUAUACAGUGAUGAGAACAAUGGGAACCAACUCUGCGGAGAGGAUAUUGAGUUCCACAGACCUUCCUACAAGUAUGACAAUCAUCAGAGAGAUCUGUUUGACUACCUACCUAUACCGGAGCCAGAGAUCCUGAAGCAGUUCUCUCCACCCAACACUCCGCCACCAGCCACCAAGAGACACAGCAGUGAGUUCAACUGCUCAUACCAAGAUGAAUUCUUUAAAGAUGAUUUCUCAACUGGCAGCAUUCCUGAUGAUGACCUGGAUCUUCCCGACCUAUAUUAGACUUUUAGAUUACUUUUACUUAGAUUAGGCUAUGAGCUAUUAUUAUGUGAAAUGUACGACCUAUUUAUAGUGAUUCAUCAUCAAUAAUAUUGAUGGUAAAAGUGUGCUGCUAGUUUGACUUACAAUGUAAUUAAAUAUUUCUGA